CCCCCCCCCAAAAAAAAAAAAAAAAACCCCACGAAGAAGAAGGAAUCUGAAGGUAAGAAGAAGCGAAAAAAGAUCGUUAAGCGAAAGUCUUUUGGGUUUCUUGGGUAUUCUGGAUAUUGAUAAGGCAGCGGCUAAGAGUAACAGAGAGUUAGGAGUUUGGAGUGAGGUGGCUGACAAAAGAAGCCGUCCGGGACGGAAGAAUUCAAAUGCAGAAUCGUUGAAUCCAAUGCCCACUGGCUUGUCCGACUUCCUUGACAUGCCGUCUUGUUUUAUCUAUCAUCCCUAUCUGUGCCAAUUAAGAUUGCUUCCUAUAAAUCCACGAUCCUCCACCUUCAUGAAUUUACAUCUUCCUCUCACGCUGGUAAAAAUGGCAGACUGGGGCCCUGUGGUGAUUGGCCUAGUGCUUUUUGUGCUGUUCACUCCUGGCUUACUCUUUCAGCUUCCAGGCAAAGGCCGCGUCGUGGAAUUCUGCAACUUCCAAACCAGCGGCAUCUCCAUCUUCGUCCACACCCUUCUCUUCUUUGGCUUCAUGGUUAUCUUCCUCAUUGCCAUUGGAGUUCACAUCAGUUCUUGAUACUUCUCUAUUUCAUUUCUUGUCUUUCUAUAUUCUUAUACUCUGUAUUCAUCGUCCCUGAUUUUUAUUAUGGUAAAAGCAUAUUGCGCUUGUUAUUAGCAAACGG